AUGAGUGUACAAACCAGGGGCGGACUGACAACUCAUGGAGCCCCCAACUCAUGGAUCCCCUGUGUCCUUGCCCAAACUCAAAAAAGCCUAUGAAAAAGGUACCAGGGGCAUCUCAUGGGGCCCCCUACUGACCCGGGGCCCUCGGGCAGUGCCUGAGUUUCCAAAUGGUCAGUCCGCCCCUGGAACAUAUAUAUAGUACCACAGGAAAACACUGAAGGUAAUACUUAGUACUAUAAAAAAAAAAAUCCAAAUUAGUUUAUAACCAAACAUUAUAAUUUUUAAACAUUUUUUUUUACAUUUUUAUUUUAUUUUUUAUUUUUACAUACUG